UAAACCGUGUAGUUUUCGCACAAUCACUGUAAGGAAAAAAAUCAGUGAGAUAGGGAAUCAGUUAAAGAGUGAGUGAGACAGGGCUGAACAACGUUAAACCUAGUCCGAAUACAGCUGAAUGUAAAUAAAACUGAGCGUCUCGUAUCACAGAGGGGACCGAAAGAGAGAGGCAGAGAGACUUUAAUGAGAGGACCUACUUUCAGUUUAAAGUUUCAAUGACACUGAUGUGCAGAAUAUCUUUUCGUAUUUUUAAAAGGGAAGCACUGAAAUGCAUUGUUUGGUUUGCUUUUAAACAUCAGUACUGGAAAAAUUGCAAGUUACUGUGGAUCUGCACCCGUGGAUUGACUUUUAAUUGCAACACGUCGGUUGGUGUCCUGUGCGCUAUAUAUAAACGGAGGUUAUAUUGAAAAUCAAAGCAUUCACGUCUUCUUGGUAAAAUCUGAUUUUUAGUGAAUUCUACAAAAUUGUCAGUCCAGGAGACUUUCUUAACAACCAAAAAAAGAGGGCAAAACUAGUAUAUCUAAAAAUGGAACUUUGGAAUAUACGCCUCUGUCGCUUAUUGGUUGUUAUUGUUCUUCUAAUUCAAAGCAUAGAUUCCAAUGAAAUCCUAGGGCUGAAAAUCCCAACGGACCCUGUACUGAACGCCAAUACCGUCUGUCUGACUCUCCCCGGUUUGACACGGCGACAGCUGGAGGUCUGCAUGCGAAAUCCAGAUGUGACGGCUUCGGCCAUUCAGGGGAUUCAAAUUGCCAUUCAUGAGUGCCAGCAUCAGUUCCGGGGCCACAGGUGGAACUGCUCGAGUCUAGAGACGAGGAACAAGAUCCCCUAUGAAAGUGUGGUGUUCAGCAGAGGUUUUAGGGAGAGUGCCUUUGCAUAUGCGAUAGCAGCUGCCGGAGUGGUCCACGCUGUGUCCAACGCAUGCUCUAUGGGGAAACUGAAAGCUUGUGGCUGUGAUGAGAAAAGAAGAGGCGAUGAAGAGGCUUUUCGCAUCAAACUAAACCGACUUCAACUAGAAGCAAUAAAUAAAGGGAAAGGCAUGGUGCAUGGUGUCAUGGAGCAAAUUCCUGCUGAUACUCUCGGUCCUCAGGACUCAUGGGAAUGGGGAGGAUGUAGCCCUGAUGUGGAAUACGGAGAAAAGUUUUCAAGGGACUUUCUGGAUUCAAGAGAAACUUACAAGGACAUCCAUGCAAGAAUGAGACUGCAUAACAACAGAGUUGGGCGGCAGGCAGUAAUGGAUAAUAUGAAGAGGAAGUGCAAAUGCCAUGGGACGUCAGGAAGCUGUCAACUGAAAACCUGCUGGCAGGUGACUCCAGAAUUCAGAGCUGUAGGUUCGAUGCUCAAGGACAGGUUUCACAUCGCCACUUUAAUCAAGGCCCAUAAUCGCAACACUGGCCAAGUGGAACAUGCCCAUCCACCACACCGGAGGCGAGCUAACCACAAUGAGCUCAUCUACUUCGAGAAGUCACCCGAUUUCUGUGAGCGGGAACCUGGGUCUGAUUCAGCAGGCACACAAGGAAGGAUCUGUAACAAAACAAGUCCUGGCAUGGAUAACUGUGAAAGUCUGUGUUGUGGAAGAGGACACAAUAUCCUGCAGCAGACCAGGAGCGAAAGAUGUAACUGCAAAUUCCACUGGUGUUGUUACGUAGUUUGUGAUGAAUGCCGAAUAACGGAGUGGGUCAGUGUAUGUAAAUAAACUUGGUUUACGUGUACACAUACAGUAUUUGAAUGAAUAAGACUUGGAAAGAGAAUUCAUUUAACACCCUGGACAAACAAUCUCCAUGGUAUCUGAAAACUGUGCGCAGCCUGGAAUUCAGUAUUGUGUACGCAAAGUGAACACUGCACAAGUUAAAUCACUCGGACUGAUUUUUAAAUCAGCACUGCUUUUAUUUCAAAAGUCAUAUUUAAGUUAAAUAAUUUGAAGACAUAAUUAUAUUAAAGACUUUACAGUAAGCAAUAUUUAAAGGAAAUGGACUGUGCUUUUAUGCAGUUUGUGCUUUUAGAAUCUACAGUUUUUGACACAGUAAAUGUACAAAUGGGGAAAACAAACCACUCUGACCCUGUAUAAGCCAUAUUAAAGUCUUGUUUUACAAAUGAAAUCCACAUAAAUUAAUACAAGAAAAAAACAACACAAAA